CUACAGCUCUGAUUGGACCCCUAGCCUGGGAAGCUCCAUAUGCUGCAGGAGUGGCCCUAGAAAAGGCAAAAAGACAAAUAAAUAAAUAAAUAAUAAAAUGCUUAUUGUGAAUUAAAUACUCCUCUAGGCUUUGAGAUUUAACUAAAAAUAAACCAUGGACCUUGUACCCUGCCUUCAAGAUGUUUACUGUCAAAAGAUAACUUUGGCCUUUGGAAAUAAGUAACUUUAAUUUUUUUUUUUUUUCUGUUAAGUGAUUAUUGCCCUCUGGGCGCAUAUAGUGGAUUAUCCAGGAAAUGCUUUUUGAAUUAAAAAGAUAAAAAUAAAUACUGUGAAGCUAUUAUUUUAUUUUAUCCAUAAUAGGGAAAGUCAUCUGUUAAUGACUUCCUGCUCCAAGCAGUAUGUUUCAGUUUCUCCUACUCUCGGCUGUUCAAAUCAUCAAAAAUGUUAACUUGCUUUUUUUUGUAUAAUACACAGAACUGUUUGUCCUGUUUUUUUCCAUUGAUUGUGCAGUUAACUCCUAGUAAUACAAUAAUAGGAAUAAAUUUGUUUCCCAAAUGGUAAAUUAUGGGUAAUUCAGCCAUUACUCUGCAGCAUGCUGGGAUUGAUGUAGUUAACAGUAUAGGGGCAUGACCUCAUGUGACAGAUGAGUAUGGAAAACCAUGGUACAGGAAACCUUUCUCUAAAGGAAAAAUGUUAUGGUUUCAUUGACAUAAAACAGUAGGAAUCUUCCCAUUUUAAAGUUCUUAUACUAAAAUUAUCUUCAAGAAUUUGAUCAUUUCUGGAGUUCCCAUAGUGGCACAGCAGAAACUGUGAGGUUCUGGGUUCAAUCCCUGGCCUGGCUCAGUGGGUUAAGCAUCCACCUUUGUCAUGAGCUGUGGUAUAGGUCGCAGACACGGUUUGGAUCUGGCAUUGCUGUGGCUGUGGUGUAGGCCAGCAGCUGUAGCUCCAAUUCGACCCCUAGCCUGGAAACCUCCAUAUGCCACAAAUGCAGCCCCAAAAUAAAGAAAGGAAGAAUGGAGUUCCAGUCAUGGCUCAGCGGUUAACUAAUCCGACUAGCAUCCAUAAGGAUGUGGGUUCGAUCCCUGACCUUGCUCAAUGGGUUAAGGAUCCAGCAUUGCUGCCAGCUGUGGGGUAGCUCGAAGACUCUGCUCAGAUCCUGAAUUGCUAUGCCUCUGGCGUAGACCGUCCACUAAAGCUCCGACUGGACCCCUAGCCUGAUAACCUCCAUGUGUCAUGGGUGCAGCCCUGAAAAGACAAAAAAAAAAAAAAAAGAAUUUGAUCAUUUCUUACUACCUGUGGCUGUCUUCAAUGCCCAAGCCACUUUUAUCUAUUUCCUGAAUUAAAACAGCAUAUUUCCAACUGGUUUCCCAAUUUUCCUUAAAUCAUUUUUUAGCACAGGACGAUCCUUUUAAAAUUUAAGUCAGAUGAUAUCAUUCUUCUGCUCAGAAUCCUCCGAUACCAUUUCUUAUCACUGCAAAACCAAAGCCCUUAAAAUGUUUCAAGACUCUUCUUAUCUGUCCCCUGCUACCUCCCAGACUGCAUCUUCCACUAAUUUACCCUUCCGGACAUACGACUCUCUUUUUAGUUCCUUAAAGGUAUCACGAACUCUCCUGCCUCAGGACCUUUGCUUUUACUCUUCUCUCUGCCAGAGGAUACUUCCCCUAAUACCCAUAUAGCUGGUUUCCUCACUCUGAUCACAUAUCACUUUAUCACUAGGGAUCUUUCUUGACCAUCUUUAUAAAAUGGCAGCAUGCCCCAUAUUCCCCUCUCUUUCCUGCUGUAUUUUUCUCUGAAAUAUGUAUUGCCCUCUGAUAUGCUACAAUGUAUUCUUCUAUUACAUUUAGAAUGAAUAAGCAGUGAGGUCCUAAUGUAUAGCACAGGGAACUGUAUCCAGUCUAGGGAUAGACUGUGAUGGAAGAUAAUAUAAGAAAGGGAAUGUGUGUGUGUGUGUGUGUGUGUGUAUUUCUGUACAGCAGAAAUUGGCACAACAUUGAAAAUCAGCUAUACUUUAAUAAAAAAGAAUAUAAAACAUUAGGACUCUUAUUUUAAAACUGGAACUAUAUAUUUAAUUCCCUUCCUGAUCACUUUUUCAUUUCCUUUGAUUUCAAUGUGAUGCUUUAGGUUUUUAAUUGUGCCACUUGCAGUUAUGACUAUAAAAGUACAAUUUAAGGUUCGUGUGGACGCUAGGUAGUACCUAUGCCACUUAGUCUUCAGAACAGUAAUACAACCUGGGUCUUCAAAAAUAAUAAUACAAGAUGUAAAAUAUUUCAGAAAACAUAACAAAUUGUAUAAUUGCAGAAGUAAAUGAUCCAUGCUGUCUAAAACAUCAAAUUUCUUUACUAGAAUUAAUUUAGCUUAGCGUGGCAACAUUUCAUUUUCCUUUUAAUCAGAAGUUCUGAGUGGAAGUUAAAUGGCUUUUUUUUCUUUUUGACAGGACAAAAUAUUCAUUAUAACUCAAUAAAAAUCUUUCAAAAUAAGAAUUCAGUGUUUUUGGGUGGAGUAGAUAAUAAAACGUUUUAUUGGUGAUGAAAUGGCUAGGAAAUCUUUGGCCUAGUUUAAUGCCUACGUUUUCCAGAAAUGGAAACUUAGACUCAGGGAAGCUCAUUGACUCAGCCUAAGCUCUCAUGCCUCCUCAGAAGCAGAGCUGAAACCUGAAUCCCUGUCUCCUAACUUCUAGUGUAGUGUUAUUUUUCAUCACAUAGUAUGAGUCCAUAGUUUCUGCAACCUGAGCAGCCUAUUUCACGUUCCAGAGGAUUGAUAAGUGGUAGGGAGAAUUAUUCUGCCCUACUAUAAGUACUUGUGCUAGAAAUUCAUAGAACAAGUAGUUUAACACAUUUCUUUUUUCACAGUUAGUGUGUGUUUCCUAAUCUGUCUGUCUGGUAAGGGACACUUGUCAGGGUGACAUAUUGCCUCUACCUGUGGAGCUUAUUAUUAUUACUAAGCAUUUGUCAUACUUUUGUUUUGCUUUGUUUUGUGCUGAACUGACACCAUCUUCCAUCUCCUUCUGUUUAUUAUACCUUCCUCAGAUGUGUUUUCAAAAUGAAGUAUUAUUUGGCUUUUGGUGAGACUGGUCACUAGAAUUUAGUAGUAAAAAAUCAUUUUUUAUUAAGAUAGGUCUUUUUAUUAAGAUAGGUCUUUUCUUAAGUUCAGGAUAUGCAUGAUUUCUUCCAGUAAGUCUAGCUAAAAUAAACUCUGCUUUGUUACUUGAUCGUUACAAAUAUGAGACAGCAAUUCUUGGUAAUUAAUUAAAUGUAUAAAGUAAUAGAAAAAUCACUAUGACUAGCAAGAAUUUUUGCUGAAACAAAACAGAUUGGGGGCAAGAAAUCACUUAGUAUAUAAGGUAUUUAGAGUUUCCAGUUGCAGAUUCUUGAAACGGCUUUAGGCUAAGAUGAAGAUGUUUCUGAUCUCUUUAAAAAUAAAUUUAAAAUAGAGUAGAAUAUCAUAGUACUGUUCCAUUUCUCAUAAAUUGAAAAUAUCUGGCACUUUCCAGCUCAAAAGAAAAAAAAGUAGGCCAAAGAAGAAACAAAAAAAACAGGUGGCACUUUCCUUAAGGGAGAGCUAACUGGACCCAAGACCAAAUUGUUUUACCUUUUACAGAUGGUUUAAAGUAAUAGCACAGUUUUACCUUUUACAGAUAGCUUAAAAUAAUAGCUUUGUUUGUUUCCAGUUUUGUUUUGUUGUUGCCUAAUAAGUCAGUAGUGCAGUACCUUAACCCAGUCUUGAAAGCUCUUCACAAGUGAUGCUUUAUUAAAGAAUUUUAAAACCUGAGUAUCUUCUUUAACUUUUUUUUUUUAAACCGGACACACACCAUUAGGCAGUGCUGUGAUUAUAGAGCCAUCUGCAGGAAAAUUAUCAAGUUGCAUCAUAGUUAAUGAUUCUCUUACCAUGUUAUUUCAAGUGGUAAAUGAGAAGUGACAAACUGCAAUUCAUGUGGGGGAAAGAAAUGUAUAGCCAAGAGAUGCAGGAAUUACUAGGAAGAGGGACUCCCUCUUUAAUUUUUCAAAGAAAACUGCUUUGUCAUAGUGAGUUCAUGAUCAAAAGAAACAUGCAAUUUGCUUCAGGUUUUACAUAUUCUCAGUAAUUGUAGUUCUAUCUCACUUGAAGGGGUAUCUAAUGAUUGCCUUUUAGAAGCUUUGUAUGAUCUGUCAGUUCCGUUCAUGUUGAUGUCAGAAGGAUACUAUUUAUUUACCUCAGAAAGAGAUUUAUUUGCUUUUCUCCUCCAGGAGGUAUGGCAGUUUUUUCAUAUCCUCAUCUUGGUCAUGUGGUUAUCAAAAGGGAUAUUAAACAAGUGUUCUUUGGCCCAAUAAAUGCAAUUUUUGUAUAGCUGAUGGUUUACAUUAGCUAUACAGAUAGAUAUUUUCUAUUUUGUUAAUCCUCUAAAACUCAAAUUAGAAUUGAGACCUUUGUAAGGAGAUGAUAAGAAAUCUGAUGUUCUAUAUCUGACAUGAUGUGAUUUGUGAACUUCAGUGUGAAUUUUGCUCUGAGAAGUACAUGUUUGUGUAUGUUGAUACUCCUUAUUUCCAACCAAUAUCCAAGUAAAUUGUGUACCCAUGUUCAGACCAAGUUGUAACAUAACUAUAACUCUGAUUAUUGGUUUGGCUAAGAUUUAGGUAUUCAAAAUUAAGGCAUAAUUAGAACAUUUUUUUCAGAGUAUCAUGUGAGGAAUGAUCACAAAAUCAGGUCGUUGAUUUUUAAUAUUUUCAUAUAGUAGAAAGACAUUAUUUGGAAGCAUUUUUACUAAUUGAUUAGCAUCAGCAAGAUGAGAGUGAUAUUAUUGAAUUAGAUGCAUUAUGUGACUUCAGAUAAAUAGCAUUAUUAUAUUUAAAUAAUAUGUACUGAUUGUUGGUUUGAGAAGGACGCAUUAUUUCUCUAGAGUUUUAAAUUCUUGCUUUUUUUGCAAUAAUAAAUUUUAUAAAUUGUGAGGAUAUUUAAAAAAGGCUAGAAGACCAUCUUUCUUCAUUUCUUAGGAAUGACUUUAAAAAGAAAACAAAACAAAGUGGCAUAUAGUAGAAAAAUCUGCAAUAUAAUGCUCAGAUAUAAAACCUGGAGUUUUCUGGCACCUGAUUUGGCUUCUGGUUUAGCCAGGCUAACCAAAAUACUGCACAUUUAGGAGACAACAUUCAUUCACCACUCAUCUUUCUACAUGCUAAAUAAGGAAGAGAAGGUAUUGGGGAAGGAUCUUUUUGUUUUUGUAUCUGCCCACUUGUAGAUUCUCCUUAAUUAUUUUUAUUCUCACCCUCCUCCACCUCCCUUGCAACCAGUAAGGUAUUAGUUAUUUAUUUACUCAGUCUCAUACAGCAGGGAUAUAUAGAAUUCAUUUGUGGAAUUGGUCACAUGUAAACUUUAUUUUUCACUCUGAAAUUCUUGUUUUCCAGGAAUUGAUUCACUUAGAAAUAAUGUUGAAACUUUUCAUGAGGAAUCCUAUGAGUGGGUUUUAGAUUUACUUUUCCAGGCAGAUCAUCUGGCCUUUUGGGAUGCUGGAAUGUUGCCUGCUUGUUUUAGAAAAAUGUACAACAGGAUUAACCACUGACUGGCCUUUAUUAAUUAAUUCAAGAUGUGUAAUUCAGUUAAAUUGAAAUUUUCUUUUGAAAACUUUUAUAGAAUUUUAGGUCACUCUUAGAACAUUUUUUAAUGAAAAUGUUCUAUCUUAAGGGAUAGUUUAAAAAAACAGAUUUGAGAGGUAGAGUGAUCCAAAUAUCAUGGAUAAAGAAGAGCUAAUAAAAAUACUCAAGGGUAAUCCCAGGAAAUUUUGCAUAGCUUUUUCCAAGGAAGAUCUGUUUCCCAAUCAACAGAAAAAUAAGAAGGAAAUGGGGGCCUGGACUUUAAACUGAAGUUGCCAGAAAGUCUCUACCUAGUAGAUUUUUUGGAAACAUUUUCCCCUAAAUCUUCAGGAAAGAAGUAAAUUGCUUAAGCUAAAACACAUUACAGCUUUUUUCUUAUCUAGUUUAGGUCUGUGCUUGAUGACUGUUGAAGUAGCAGUAAACAUCACAUCCUGAACCAUUGAGGGAUGGGAAGCAUAUUUGAAAAUCAGUGAAAUGCAGUAAUCCUCAAACCAGGAAUCAUCAUAGUUGCCUAAUAAAAGAUGUAUGGCUCCAAGUCAUUUUUUUCAGGGUUCUCUGACAUUUUCAUUAAUCAUGAUGCCAAUGUAUGUGAUAAUGCCCAUUUUGCUAUAAAAUUGAUGAUUUUUUAGAUUGUUGGGCUAGUUAGUAUGAACAUUGAGUCAAUCACAUAAUCUUAAAAUAACACAAAAAUUAUUACUUAGAAUUGUGGAUGGAAACAAUUCAGGAUAAAAAGUACAGAACAGUUCAGAGCUUCUGUGCAGACUGCACGUCCAUCUGAAAUUUAAAAAGUGGCCCUGUCUCCAGCUGACUCGUUUUGUCAGACUGAGUCACAGGAUUAACCCUUGACAUGUUCCUUCAAAAAAAAAAAAAAGAGGCAAAGAUUAAACAACUGCAUUGACUAGAGAAGCACUUGAUCCAUCUAUAUGCAUUUUUUUCCUGUAAUAUGAUUCUGCUUAAGAAAAAAAUUGUGCUGCAGCUGUUCCAUAGAUUAGAUUUUUUUUCAAAAAAUAUUUUGAGAAGAGUUUAUCUGAGAAGAAAAUUUGUACUUGUAAUAAGGAAAAUGACUGUUGAUAUCCAAUUUUGGUUUUUGGUUUUGAUUUUAGUAAGGCAGUAAAAAAAAAGAUAUUUUGAAGUAACAAGCUUGAAAGACAUUAAUUACCAUAGCAAACGACUAGAAUAUAGGAACAUUUUACUUAGAUUAUCACCCAUUUUCUUGACAGUUAGCUGGUUUUGAGGAAUGAGUUUAAGGACAUGUGUAUGUAGACCCCACCCUCUCACGCCUUCUCUCUUUUCUCCUCUCUUCUCUCUUUUCCCGAGUUUCUACAUCCAGACUCAGUAUAGGCAGUGGUUGUGCACCAAGUGAUUGUGCUGGGGGAGGAGGGGCCUUAAAUUUAACACACGUAUGGAUUUUGUAUCUGUGUUUCUGAGAGAAAGAAUGAAAAGUAAAGCAAAGCUUUUGGUCUGAUUAGAAACUAUUAUGUUUCAUAUUCAAGUUUCAGGUUUAAUAGCAAAUCUUUUCCAGUUUGUUAAUAAGCUGCUUUAGAACAGUAAAAGAUUAUAUACUGUUUGGCAUUAUUCUGAACUUUUUUAACUAAAAUAUUUAUUUCAUACUUUCAGAAUACCAUAUAGUUGCCUCUAAAAUAAAGAACUCUAGAUGAAAUAACUCAAAUCUUCAUUGUACUUUAAUAGCCAAGACUGCAUAGUUGGAUUUACAUUAUGCUUUUUGUUUUAACAAACAUCAUAGUACUCUUUCUCUUUUCUGGCAAGCCCCAGAGAAGUGAACCUAACUACUGUAGGUGAAUUUUUUUUUUUUUUUUAACCAAUGUCUCAAAAUUUUCCCAGGUUAGAGCACUGAUUGUAGGUAGAAAAUGUUGAAAUAUUGUCGGUGCUUUGUGGCUCCCCCUCCCUCUAGUACUCUAAAUUUCUAUUUAAAAAUACGCUGGGUUUUUUGUUUUUUCAAAUUUUUAAUCAUUAAGAACAAAAGGAAAUUUUAUUUUGGAUUUUUCUUUUUUCUUUUUUUUUUUUUUUGUUUAAGCUAUUCUGUCAGAGAGAGACUGUGCCUAUGAAAGACUAAAAUUUACUUGAAUGGUUUUAAGGCAUGGCAUUGUUAAUUGUAAGUCAACGCUUUUUACACAGUUCUCUAAGGAUUGAAAUGGGUCUUUGUGGUCUCUCAGGAGGGAGGAAGUUACAGACCACUCUGCAGACUGGCAUUUUAAUGGUCUGCUGUACAGUGAUGUUCUUUUGCAGCUGCUGCUUAGUCUUUUCUAUAUCUGGAGAGUGCAGGGAGGUUUUAUUGUUAUUCCAACACUAUCAGAUUUUUGAAACAUUAUAAACUUAGCUGGCCUUAUGUCUUACUUGGCUUUAUUACUACAUUUUAUUUAGUAUUUUUCAUAAGAACUGUUUUUUGGGGUUUUUUUCCCCCCCUUAUAGAGUAUUCCUUUAGAAGAGUUCUGCUUAGUGAAAAGUACCUUUAAAAAAGUGAUGAUGUCCCUUUUUGUAGCUUGUGAGCUCUUCUCUGAUUUAACACAAUUCUGUGAGAACCUGCAAACCACAGGGAGAAGAGAUAGUACAAAGAGGUUUUGAUGGAGGAAAAUAAGAGAGAAAAGUUGCUAUUCUGUUUUUUUGGGGUAGAAUACAUGCCAAAAGAAAAUUUUUUAAGUAACGACAUAUAUUUCUGUGUGAGAAACAAUGUAUUUACAAAAGGUGUCUAAAUCCUUUUGACUUCUAAUUAUAAUGAAUUUUUAAUUUAGUGAGACAUUUAUUCCCACACUGAUUAUUUUUCCUUUGUGAGAAAUUUGAAUGUUAACAAAAAUAUGAAUAUAUUAUGAACUUAGAGGGAGGGCAGCCUUCUAAGAAAUCUUUAGUUUAUUAGCUACAGUGCACAUUUUGCCUGUUAUGCAUAUGAGCCAUUCAUAUUUUUAUGUAAGGGAAAACAAAUCCUUAUUUGUUUUUUUAAUUAUUGGAUUGCUUAAUACAUACUCUAGGAGAGCGCAGUCCAUUAUAAACUUUUAGUCGGUGUUAUGAAGAAUUUACGGAGUUGUAUAACUGAAAAUCUAUGUUAAAUAUUUAUGUUUUAAAAACAGAUCAUUUAUUUCAAGAUAAUUUUUGAAUUGUUGGAAUGAGCCAUUUCAUGAAAUAGUUCCUUUCAAAUUAUUUUCUAUAUGAUUUUUUAGAACAUAAAAAACCAUGGUUUGUUCUAGCUUGUUGAGAAAGACUUACAGGACAGGUCUGCUUUUUCCAGGAAGUGACUUUGUACAAGACUUAACUGUUUAGAUCCUUCUUAUUAUAUACAUGAUUCAGUGCUUCCAAUUCCUGAUUGCUUGAUCAUGUGUUUAUCAAAGUGGGAGGCAACUUUAGACCACACCAGAUGGUAAUGUUGGUAGAGGUGUAGCAAGCUAGGUUUCUCUGCUAUAGUACUCUAAUUAAAACUAAAAACAGAUUAGAAGAUCUGUCAGCCUUCUUUGAGAGAGACAUUUAUAGCAUACAUAUGACAAUAUUAAUGAUUUUUUAGGAUAUUUAUCUCUAGGACACUAUAUUGCUUUUCAUUAUUUAGCCCCUAUAAGUGACUUGUAUUUUUUUUAAAUGUUCCAGCAUUUGUCUUAUUGGUAUCCUCCACCAAUGCAAGGACUUGAUAGAAAUUGAAAGAGGUUACUUACAGCAUAAAUCCUCCCUCUCUGCUCUGUGAGUUGGUUCAGUCCUAUUUUGCAUAAGUUCCUUUUGAGUAGAUCCAUGUGUGGAUGCUUAGUGCCGAAGACUUAACUCUGUUUGGCUGGGUGGAUGUAUGUCUUGGAAAGAAGCUGUGUGCAUUAGCUGCAAACAGUAACGUUUUCAAAAUCAGCAUGUAUUGUGCUUAUCCUGUCCCUGGAAUGGGCAGCAAUUCUUUGAUGUAUUACUAUAAUGGGAAAACGGUAUAUGCACCAUCCCCAAAUUCAGAUGACUUUAACCGUGAAUCUCCUAGUUAUCCAUCUCCCAAGCCACCAAGCAGUAUGUUUGCUAGCACUUUUUUUAUGCAAGAUGGGACCCACAAUUCUUCUGACAUUUGGAGUUCAUCAAAUGGGAUGAGCCAGCCUGGUUUUGGUGGAAUUCUGGGGACCUCCACUUCCCACAUGUCUCAAUCCAGUAGUUAUGGCAGCCUUCAUUCACAUGACCGCUUGAGUUAUCCUCCACACUCAGUUUCACCAACAGACAUAAACACAAGUCUUCCACCAAUGUCCAGCUUCCAUCGCGCCAGUACCAGCAGUUCACCUUACGUUGCUGCCUCACACACUCCUCCCAUCAAUGGAUCAGAUAGCAUUCUAGGAACCAGAGGAAAUGCUGCUGGAAGCUCACAGACAGGUGAUGCACUUGGAAAAGCUUUGGCAUCUAUUUAUUCUCCUGACCAUACCAGCAGUAGUUUUCCAUCAAACCCAUCAACACCAGUUGGAUCACCCUCACCUCUCACAGGUACCAGUCAGUGGCCCAGACCUGGAGGGCAAGCUCCUUCGUCCCCAAGCUAUGAAAAUUCACUCCACUCCCUGAAAAAUCGAGUUGAGCAGCAACUUCACGAGCAUUUGCAAGAUGCAAUGUCCUUCUUAAAGGAUGUCUGUGAGCAAUCUCGAAUGGAGGAUCGUUUGGACAGACUGGAUGAUGCUAUCCAUGUGCUGCGGAACCAUGCCGUGGGACCUUCCACCAGUUUGCCUGCUGGUCACAGUGAUAUACACAGUUUAUUGGGACCAUCCCAUAAUGCACCAAUUGGAAGCCUCAAUUCAAACUAUGGUGGAUCAAGCCUUGUUACAAGCAGUCGAUCUGCUUCAAUGGUUGGAACUCAUCGAGAAGACCCUGUCAGUCUCAAUGGCAAUCAUUCAGUCUUGUCUAGUACGGUCACUGCUUCAAGCACAGAUUUGAACCAUAAAACACAAGAAAGUUAUAGAGGUGGCUUGCAAAGUCAGUCUGGAACUGUCGUUCCAACAGAAAUCAAGACUGAAAACAAAGAGAAAGAUGAAAACCUUCAUGAACCUCCUUCAUCAGAUGACAUGAAAUCAGAUGAUGAAUCCUCCCAAAAAGAUAUCAAGGUUUCAUCUAGAGGCAGAACAAGCAGUACUAAUGAAGAUGAGGAUUUGAACCCAGAACAGAAGAUAGAAAGGGAGAAGGAGAGGCGAAUGGCUAACAAUGCCAGAGAACGCUUGCGUGUGCGGGAUAUUAACGAGGCAUUCAAAGAGCUUGGUCGAAUGUGUCAACUUCAUUUAAAGAGUGAAAAACCCCAAACAAAACUCCUUAUUCUUCAUCAGGCCGUGGCAGUCAUCCUUAGUCUAGAACAGCAAGUCAGAGAGAGAAACCUUAAUCCCAAAGCAGCCUGCCUUAAGAGAAGGGAAGAAGAAAAAGUUUCUGCCGUAUCGGCAGAGCCACCAACCACGCUGCCAGGAUCCCAUCCUGGGCUUAGUGAAACUACCAACCCUAUGGGUCAUAUGUAAACAUCAGCCAGUUCCAGAGUUAUCAGUAGGCUAGAUAGAAGGUGACCUCUCCUCAUAAGGACUUGGACAACUCAGAUUAUCUGAAGACACAAACCUGAUAGGAGGGAGAAGAAAAAACAAAACACUUGAAGCAAGAAAUGCAAUUGUAAUCCUACGAUCAAAGCAACUGGUCAACACUUCCAUCAGAAGUGAAGAUGGGAAGAAGCUCAUCCGAUAGAACGUCAGCCCAUGAGAUGUUUGCAACAUGUCAUUUUGUUGCAAGCAGUGUGUCGCUUCUGCACAAUCAGAGACUGUCUCGAUCUCUCCACUCACCGUGGAAGUUGCCUUGUGCCUAAACUGAAUUGACAAAUGCAUUGUAACUACAAAUUUUAUUUAUUGUUAUGGAACUGUAAGGUCUACAUAUAAAGGGAAAAAGUUAAUGUGGAAAGCUGAUCUACACUCAGCUGAUGCCAGCAUUCUUUAAAGCUGUUCACCUGCAGAGAACAAAGCAGUGACAACCAUUGGCCCUUAGCAUUCCCGGCAUACCUGUUAGUGUCUUAAAAAGGAAGGGAAAAGUUUUUUGUUGCCCUCUCCUAUCCUUUUGCCAUAUGAAUAGUGUUUUCCGUGAAAUAGGAAAAUAUGACUUGGUAUAGCAUUUCUCUCGCUCUCAUUUUUUCAUUCAUUUUUAUUUUUUCUUUGUGGGUGUUGUAUUUGGUCUCUGAAUCUGAAUAGUUUAUGGUCACAGUCCAGACUCCUCCUUGUAGCCCUGUGUGCUUUGCAUAUUUACCUUACAAAGAUGAGCAGAGACCAGCUGUGACCAUAGCCUAGCUAAGAUUUUAAAAGGGGAAAUUUUGUCCCCUAGAUUUUCCCCCCAAAUAAACAUUGCUUUAUUUCUAAUAAUAACCAAGAUUUUUCAAGCUUCUAGGUUUCAUAGUAAAGCUUGUAAUAGCAAGAAGUGUAAAUUACGAGGGAAGAAUUUACCUUUUAGAAAUUGCUUUGUUUUCCAAGCAGUGAGUACUACAUACAGUACUUGUAAAGUGUUAGCUGUAAGUAAGCACAAAAUGGAUUUAAAAUACAAAGAAGAUUUUCAGGCUGUGAUUAUGUUGAACAUAACAACCCAAUAGUCACCAAGGCAGGUAGUGUGAUAAAUGAACACACCACUCUGAGGCUAAUUACCUAAUGGAAUACAAGAGCAAUGGUCACCCGUGUUUCCUUAUUCUAGCCUUUAUUUCUCUGUCAUUUGGACGGCUGGUCAGUGGGGAGGAAUUCAGUGGGUGAUGUAAUCAACUGCAAACCAUCUGCCCCUGUCCCAAGAAGAUGAGCCAGAUUAGCAUUAAACUGGUCCUUGUCACUCCAUCUUAAUACUCUGCAUUAAGGCACCCCUUUGUCUCUAAUCCUUGAGAGUUGUUUUUUAAGACAUCAUAAUCACUUUGAACUUCCAUGAAACCUGUCUUCCACCACAACCACCCUGGGAGAGAAAAACAUGCUAAUAAAUAAACAAGGUUGUCUUGGCUUAAUAAUUCCUUAUAGCCAAUAUCAACAGUGGCAAUCAGCACACAGAAGAAAGGACCCAAAUCACUAUGUAACAUAAAGAUUACUGUUAAUUUGAAAGAACAAAAGCAAUUAAGACAGAACUUCAGAUCCUCCAAUCAGGAUGAUUCCUAACAAAUCAGUCUUUUGUGAACAUGGUGGACUUUUUGGUUACUUUAAUUUGCCUAUAUUCUCCAGUUACAUCAGACUCUAUCUGUGGCCUUGUUCUUCAUUUCAGUGUUAAUCAGCUAAACAGAAGUUGUUGCUUAUGAUGUGUGAGUGAACAUAUGCCACUGCCUGGCCUUUUUUCUUCGGAGCUUGUUGUCUUUUUCGCUAUAUUAGACUUUGCAGUAUGCCCAGAAGCUUUCCUUCAUAAAAUAGAAAGAAAAAAACAUUUGGCUUAUUUUUCACUGUAGCUAGUCUUUUAUACAAUAAUCUUGUAAGAAAAUUUCUUGAAUUCUAAAUAUUACUCUUUCUAGAUUUUUGAAAUCGAAAAGUUUUCAGUAAAAAGUUUCUUACUUUAUUUUAUUAUAUUAGGUAGUAAAAAUGUAGGGUUAUUUACCAUAACCUGUUCAUUAAUAUCAGAAAUUUACAAUAGCAUUUUAAGACCAUAGUAGGAAUCUAGCAUACCGUGUAGUACCUAUGGAGUAUUGUAAGAGCUAAUUGUCCGAGAUGAAUUGCUCAUCUUGUUCUCCAGUUUCCAUUGUUGGUUUAUUGCAGAUUUGUAUCCUGUGUCAAAUGCAAGGUAUUAUUGAUAAACCUUUUCAACCAGCAGCAAGAAGUUCAAAAUUUUUUCUGUCACUGUAACAGAAAACACAAUAUGUAUAUAACAUUUAUGUAGCAAUAAAUGUGCCAUCUUUUUUUUUUUAACAUAGUAAACUAGUGAGUUUUUUACAUUCCUCUCUCAAACAUUAAUGCAUUUUGGUUUUUUUGGGUUUUUUUUCCCCUCCAUCUCAUUGCUCCCAGAAAUGCCCACACUGCUUUUCUUUCUUUUCUACCAGCUUUCUUGAGAUAUGAUUGACGUAUAAUAGUUGCGUAUGCUCAAGGUGUCAAUUGUCAUGAUUUGAUACACAUAUAUACUGCAGAAUGGUUACCACAGGAAGGUUCAUCUUACACAUCCAUCACCUUACAGAGUUCCUUUUUUGGGUGUGCGGUAAGAAUUUUUAAGGCCCGCUCUAUUCUUCAUAUGUGUGUUGUCUGCAACAUUAUCUGGGAAACCCAUCAGGACAGAGUCAGGUUUGUAGAACUAAGCCGAUAGUCUAGUCUAUAACUUCUCUGGGUUGUACAUUUCUCCUCUUUCCCUGUCUGCUGAUAGUGGCCUUUCAGCCUUUAGGAAAAGGUUGACCAAACAUUGAUUAGUAGUUAAAAUCUGCUUAUUUGUAGAUCUAGAGAAAAGCGAAGAUGGAAAAAGACUCAAAUGGAGCUUUUCAAGUUAACAUUCUUUGAAGCAGUUUCACGUGUUUUAUGUCUCUGUUCUCACAAAAAGCCUGUGUCAUAAUUAGGGAAUGGUAUUACUUACUGUUUUCAGAUAAGGAAUUCUGCUUUUAUCCCGGUUUUCACAUAUACCCCCACCCACCCUCCACCAUUGAAAAUAUGCAUAGCAAUUAUCCAUGCGGACUUCAUGCUAAGCAAGAGCCUAAGACCACCAGUGGAUAAACUUUUUUGGACAGAUUUUUGUAGGACCUAUGUGUGAGACACCCAAGAUCAUCAUCAUACCUUCUUAGUAUGACUUUCUUCUCUUGGCAAAUUAUGAAGUCCACUGUUGACAUUAGAGGUCCAACAGACCAUUUUACUACUUGUGGGAUUUGGUGAAAACAAGUUAGUUUGAUUUCUCUUUAUACAAAUUGAUAAAUAAAAAGCUCCAUCUAAGAAGAAAAUAUAGAAUAUUAGAGCUGAAAUAAAGCUAAAGGUCAUCUCAUCAACCCCUCUUAAUACAUUUAUAAAAGCUGAGGCCUACACAGGUUUAUGUCUCCAAGAUCACAUAACUAGUAUCAGAUCAAGACACUUAAAAACUGCCCUACAAAAUCUUGCCUUUAGCUUCUCUUCCUUGUCUCAUAGAUUUUUAGGCCAAUUCUAUUCAGGGGCUUCACUUUUUUUCUCUACUACAUUUUUUUCUUUCAUUUUUCUCUCCUGUAGUUCAUAUAUUUUUUUUCUUCCAUGGAAACUCAAUUUAAAUACACAUCACAUCGUGCGUGUGUACCUGCAUGUGUGUGUAUGUGUGUUAAAGGUUAAAGAGUAUUAGCUUUGGCAUCGGACAGUCCUCAGUUCAGUCCAAGCUCAACAUCUAAUUAGCUCCAUUUCCUUAUCUGAAAAACAAAGAUACGUAUUAGAUUUGUUUAAGUAUUGAAUGAAACAAUGUAUGGAAAGCUCUUACCAUGGUUCCUGUCACAUAAGAACUCAAUAAAUGAUAAAUAUUUUUAAAA